ACUUAAGAAGCAAGGCAGAAACGAGCUUCCUGUCACACAGAUUGGACCCCUUCGUAUCCAUGGCAACAUCAAACCAGAGUCAGUGAUUCUUUCACACGGUCCAGAGUCUGAAACUCCCCCCACCAGCUACGGCCCGGGAGAUAUGGUGCCGCUUCUUCCCUCCAUCCCUCUCACAACAUGCCCUGCUCUGCUGAGAGUUGCCUUGCAAGGGGGGGAGGAGCAGCGGAGGAGGUGCUGCUGCAGUGCAACACUGAUGCCAGUAGUCACCGACCUGGAGUAUGAUGCUUUCAUCAUGGGCCAACCUCUUGACAGCAAACAGAUACUGGUGGUGUGUGUUACCCCACCUCAGCCAUCUGUUAACACACACACAGCAACCAGGUGGGAUGUUUUGGAGGAUCUCUUCAGGACGAGGAACAAGAACAGGGCCAUGCCAUGUAUCCAGUGCCAGAUGGACUCUUUUCGCCUGGUCAGGUACGAGAUGUCGGCCGGCAUGGCAGGCUUUGGGCCGGAGAACGUUCUGCUGCAGCAGCGACACGGUGCUGCUCCUGGGAUGUUCUUGAUGUACCUCAAAGGGAAACUGCUGUUUGUAGGCUACAUAUUCACCAGUGACAGCUGCUUAGUCGAGGAUCUUCAAAGGCAGAUCUGCAGGACCAGGAGAGAUCACAGACUAGGUUUGAGUCUCCCUACAGAAUAAAGAGAAAUAGU